AUGCCCCCAGCCCUGCAGCAGGCCACCGGCAACCCACGCCUCCGCCGGAGACUCCUGGACAGUCACGGCGAGUCUGGGUCAGUGUCCUGUGGGGUCACGGCUCCUUUCUCCUGGGUCCUGGUGCACAAGGUUCUGCUGUGCCUCCAAGGGUCUACUCCCCAGUCCUGUGUAAGUUCUGGCGGCUCUGUGGUGGGUGAAUGGCGACCUCCUCCAAGAGGGCUUCUGCCAUGCCCAGGUCUGCUGCACCAGAGCCCCCGCCCCUGCGGCAGGCCACUGCUGACCCAGACCUCCUCAGGAGAUGCUCACACACAGCUCUGUCUCAGUCGUGUGGGGUCCCUGGGUCCUGGUGCCCUUGUUUGA